UUAUAAUCAGCCCAUCCACUUCACAACAACACAUUGUGCUAAUGAUAUUCUCGUUGUCGUGGCAACUCCAAAGCUUCACGGCUUAUAAAACGCCAGGAGAUGUGUUUGGGAGAGAGGUUCGGGUUGAACGUCAGCAUGAUGAACCUCUCGGACCCAAGCAGCUCCAAAACCAACACCAGAUUCCUUCUGGACGCCAUCUCCAAAGAUAAGAUCCACCUCACCAGAUUUAUUUUAGAUGCGCUGGAUGGUGAAAUUAUCGACUCAAAGACGGAAGGGAUGCAGACGCCUCUCAUCUCUGCCGUGUUUCUCCAGGACGAGCAGGCGAGGAGCAGGUUUAUGAAUCUUCUGUUGCAGCGGGGUGCGAGCGUGAACUGCCCGGAUGAGAGAGGCCGUACGCCGCUGAGUUACGCCUGCGAGAUGGGAUGUCUGGACGCCGUGAAGAUCCUGGUGAAAAACAACGCCGACCCUGAGAUGGCAGACAGCUGGGGGAACACGGCUCUCAUGUACGCCGUCGCCGCCGGACGUUCGUCGGUUGUGGAGUUUCUGGUGCGAGCUUUCAAAAGACUGGGUCUUCAAAUCCACCGGCAAAACAAAGUCGGCAAUUCUGCCGUCGAGGUGGCCAAAUAUCUCCGACACACCGAAUGUUUACGGGCUCUGCUGAGUAACUCCAAAACCUUUCACGAUGAUGUCGUGUGUGAACAACUUUCCACAGUGAACAUCAGUGAAGAUAAAGAAAAGUUCUUUGAGCGCAGUGAGAUCCACUCGAGAGAAACUUCAACUGAACGUGAGCAUCGGCUUCUUGUGGGUUUACGGAACAGAAUCCAGUCGAUGGACUCUAUUGAGGAAUAUGAGAAGGAACGUGACGUUUUAUCAUCAUCACAAAGCGACACGUUCUCUGGUGUUUUAACCGCCAAACCUCCUGAGAAACUCUCCCCAAAACACCCAAAACAUGAAGGACGAGUGUCCACCAAGACGCUGCCGCCGUUGUUCAGAAACUCAGUGAUUUACUCCCCCAGACCCUUCAAGACUCCCUCAAGAUGCUGCGUGUCUCCAUCAGGUCCUCUCGGCAUUCUGUUGACUCCCAUUGCAAAAAGUGCCAGAGAGGAACGAGAUCACGUCGAGAAACCUUUCGAUUUUCCCAUCAGACGCUUUGAUGACAGUUAUUAUCAGAAGAGAUGCAGUUUACCCACCAGCGUUCUCGCGCCACCGGCCACCGAGCGUCUGACGUCACGCAGAAGCAGAACUGUGAUGAAAAGCCCCAAAACUGCAGACAAUCCUCAGCCCACAGCUGCUCCUCACGGUACCUUAACUUCACUCAGUACUAAACUGCUGAGGAGAUUUACUUUUCCAGAUUUGAAAAAGAUCGUUAAAGAGUCACGUGAGGUUCACGCGACACGGGCCGAAGCUUUAGAACCAGACGGACGGAGCAUCCCGAGAUCAGAGACUUUUCCCCUCACGAAGAAUCAUCCUCAGGUCGGGAACAAACCGAGUGUAGACAGCAUCAGUGCUGUGAAGUGUGAGUUUGAUUUUCACUUUAAAACCACUUCCGACUUAAGAUCGUGUGACGCAGGACGGGAGGAGAGCACGCGAGCUGCGACAUUGAGAGCGUGGGUUAUGUCGCUUGCGUGGGGGGGGGGAAUGGGGGGUGGUUGGGUUGUGCUCACGCAUUACAGCCGCAGCUGCGACCUCAGAUGCACGAACGGCAUUGCGGGAUCAGGCUGUCCGAUAAACUUCACGAGCAGAGCGAUGCAGCUGCGUCUCUGCACUUCUGUUCAUCUGUUCAUCUUUUCGCCUUCUGCCUGCGCUCUGUCCCGAGUCUCUGCUGAAGCUGAAGUAGAGAAUCUGUCCGGACUCUCACCGAAUCCAGAUCGGGAUAUUUUUGUAGUUCGGGAAAACGGGAGCACGUGCCUGAUGGCGGAGUUUGCGGUGAAAUUUCUCAUCCCGUAUGACGUGCUCGCGCUCAACGGCAUCGAUUUGAUAACGGAGCAGACAACUGUGUCGAUCCCGCGCGGCGCUGAGAUCGCGGGGAAAUGCGGCGCGCGUGAGUCUGAGCUGCACAUCUCGUGGGUUAAUAGCGCGUUCACGUUCCGCAUCUUUUUCUUGAGGGAGAAUCGCAUGAUGGGCAGUGGUGGUAAUGCUGAAGAAACUGAAGUGUGGAAGAUUAAUAAGGUUCAGCUGGUUUACGACACAUCAGAUAUGACACACUUUGUAAACGCUUAUAACCCGGGGAAACACACAGCCAGCACACACCGUCUGUCAGCGCUUGUGACUCCGGCCGGCCGGUCAUACGUGUGUACGGCUCAACAAACGCUCACGUUAAUCUCCACGGACCAUCAGAAGGGAGUCACAGUCUCGCUGUACGACAUCCAGGUUCAGGCCUUCGACAUCAAGAGCGACUUCAUAUUCAGUGAACCGUAUAAAUGCAUGACAGACCAGCGGGAGCAGCUGGAACAAAUGCUGCCUCUGGUGUUGGGUCUCAUCCUUGGUCUCAUCAUCGUCAUCACCAUCUCCGUUUAUCAUUUCCACCUGAAACUGACCGCACAACAGCAACCGCAGGUCCCGCGAGACCGCUCGCUCUACAAGAACAUGUGAACGACACCGCGCUGACGUCACUCUCCCUUUACUUUUAUAAGAAGCGGCUCGCCUGUCAAAUGUCUCAUAGUGUUAUUAGACGUCAAAAAGAUGUUGAAUCACCGUCAUACUGUAAUUCUGUUGUGGAUGAUAUGAAUGUCAAUGUAUAAAAAUAGAGCUGUUGAGAUUGCUUGAAAAAUGACAUAAAGUACACAUGAAAUAUUGAAGAUGUACACGAUAUAAGAGAAAAACAAAUAAUACUGAAGAAUUUCUUUAAAACGAAUGAGCUUCAUUUGUGAUGAGGGUGUAUAAAGUUUUCCUUUGAUCAUUAUGUUUUCAAUCAUAAAUCAUUGUUGAUGUGUUUUGCUUGUGUCUUUGUAAAAGAAGCCACUGUAGAUGAUGGAAGAGUCUGAUCUUUACUCUUCGAGCUUUAAGAGACUCGAGGUUCAGACAUUUAUCUGAAUGCUGCUGAGAAUAGAACAUGACGAGUAGAUGAAUGAAAGAUCAAUACAAGCCAAGCCACCUGGACAACAACAUCUCCUCACUGCAUUAACACAAAUGAGCUUCAGAUCAAUAGAGUAUUGAGCGUUCAGACGCUGACCUGAGAUCUGUGUGAGGAACUGCUUUAUGAGUAAAUAAACACGAAAGUCAAUUUCGAGUCAUUUCUUCCU